AUGUACGGACCUGUCGUGCGCAUUGGUCCGAACGAGAUACAUGUCAAUGAUCCCGACUUUUACGACGUGUUGUAUGCCGGGCCAACUCGUCGACGCCACAAGGAUCCAUGGUUUCUUUCAUCAAUCGCUCCCGGUAUGUCAUUUGCCGCAAGUAAUUAUGACCACCAUCGUGCACGACGCAGUGGUUUGAGUCCCUUCUUUUCUAAGACAGCUGUCCGGGGAUGGGAACCGGUGAUUCAUGAGAACUUACAGCGUUUAUGCCAACAUUUUGAGCGAGCAAAUGAGACCAGCCAGUUACUAGAGCUACACACCUGCUUUGUCAACUUUGCUGUUGACACUGUCUCACAAUAUGUGUUUGGCAAGGAUUCCGGGUUCGACACACUCAAGGAGCCUAUACUAACGGAGAAGUGGAAGAAGGGAGUCAACGGUAUAUUCGAAUUGCUAUUGCUCGUUCGUCAUUUUCCUUGGAUGUACUUUCUCUCCAGGGUUCUUCCCGUGUGGUUCUCGCGUAUAUUCUUUCCGGCAUUCGGCCAUGCUGCUGCAAUCGAGAGGGACGUCGAAAAACAUACUCUCAAGGCUUACAAUCGCCAUAGUGCCUCUGAGCUUUCUAUCAUCGACCAUCUUAUCCGCAAUGACAAACUUCCGCCUGCAGAGCGUACCCUGGCCCGGCUCACUGACGAGGCCAAGUUCCUACUCGUUGCGGGGACAGAUGCGCCCUCGCAAGUAAUGGCAAUUACGAUGUAUCAUGUUUUGAGUAAUCCAAAAAUUCAUAACCUGCUUCGAGAGGAACUGCAGAUUGCUUUACCCGAUGCAAGUGUGGACGCUUCAUGGAGUGAUCUCGAGCGGUUACCCUAUCUUACUGCAGUGAUAUCAGAAGGCUUGCGGCUCUCCGCGGUCGUAACCUCCCGUCUGCCUCGAAUUGCCCCGGACGAGGAUUUGGUCUGCCACGGGUGGCGGAUUCCCGCGGGCACCUCUAUCAGCAUGUCAAAUCAUUUUGUACUUCGUGAUGCCACAAUUUUUGCCGAUCCAUUAACCUUCCAUCCUGAGCGGUGGUUGUCCUCGUCAUCUACUUUGAGCCGGUAUCUUGUGCCAUUCUCAAAAGGCAGCCAGGGCUGCUUGGGGCCGAAUAUGGCCUGGUGUUGGCUUUACAUUGGGCUUGCAACUCUCCUGCGACGGUUUAGGCUGGAACUCGUUAACACGGACGAGAGCAACGUGACCAUUGUCCGAGAUUGUUUCAAUGGGCAAACAUCUGCUGGUAAAAACCGUAUACAAGUGAGGGUCUGCUAG